AUGUCUCCGUACCAACUAGUGUUUAGGAAGGCUUGUCACUUACUAGUAGAGCUUGAACACAAAGCAUUUUGGGCUCUCAAGAUGUUGAACUUUGAUAAUCAAGCUGCUGGGGAAAGGAGACUACUACAACUCAAUGAGCUGGAAGAAUUCAGGAAUCAUGCUUAUGAGAAUGCUAAGAUUUACAAGGAAAACAAAAAGAAAUGGCAUGAUCAAAAGCUAGCAAGAAGAGAGUUUGUAGAAGGUCAAAAAGUGCUACUAUACAAUUCAAGGCUCAAGUUCUUCCCAGGAAAGCUUAAAUCAAGGUGGUCUGGACCUUUCACAAUCCUCAAGGUGUCUCCCUAUGGUCAUGUAGAGCUUAUGGAGGACAAGACACAGAGGACUUUCACUGUCAAUGACCACAGGUUUAAGCACUACUUGGGGGACUCUUUGGAUGAGUAG